CCUCAUAAUCUCAAUCAAGUCAGUUGUUUCGAGACUAGAGACUAGAAAAAUACAAAUAGCACGCAAAACAAAAUCAUUUCGAAUCUAAAUCAAAAAAAAAAAAAAAAAAAAAAAAAAAUCAAAUCAAAUAAAAUGAAGUCGUCUUUAUGGUUCGCUGUUGCCGUUAUGACGGCCUUGUAUAUCGUAAACGUACAAGCCGAUUGCGAUGAACCGUCCAGCGAUUCGGACGAAGGUGAAGUUAAGCAAUGGUUUAAAAAAGUUGGAUGCUCGAUUAAGAAGGGGGCUGAAGACAUCCAGGAAUCAGCAAAACCGUGGACUGAUAAAAUAGCGAAUUCCGCCAAAGACUUUGGAACAUCGGUAGCACAAAAAUUCGAUGAGGUAAAACAUCGAUUAACUGAUGACAAGCCAUCCAGCGAAUCGACGCGUGUCGUAUUCAAUGAAGAGCCCACCGAAAAAGUGCCGCUGGCCCCAUUACCUUCAGCCGCAACAACAGCUGAAUAAGUGUCCUCCAGGUCAAGUGCUUGAUUAUCGCCAACAAUGUCGAGAUCAUGAUUAAUUCCAUUUUAAUGAUAAGUCGUGAUUUAUUCUUCUCCUUUUUUCUUUUGAAUUUUUGUUUAUUUUAUUUGUGUAAUAUAAUUUUAAUUUUUUUAUUUUUAUUUUUUUUUUCGUGUUAAUAAAAUGUAAUUAAAUUUAUGCUAAUUUUAAAACUCUGGAGCAAAAUCCAUAUGAGUUUAGUUAUUGCGAAAAAAAUUGUCAUUUUUUACAAUAAAAUGCAAAACGCAAUUAAAUUUUUUCAUUUAAACUA